CCAAGUCCCUUUGCACCUCAGUGUUUAGUAUUUUCUCUCCAUUUAGACAUGGUUGAAUAUUGACCACCCAUUAAGCAAAAGUUUGAAAAUCCAUAAUUGGGUAUUUCACUUUGUGAUGUUGUCAAUAGUUUUCUGGAGGAAUUACAUUAGAAUAGCUACCUCAAGUGUUUGUAAACCUCUUCUUCUUCUUCUUUUUGUGUUGUUUUAUAGUGGUUGGCAAACCAGCUUUAAGGUGCAUUACCGCCAUCUGCUAGACUGGAGUGUGGAUCGUUGGAUAAACAGGAGAAGGGAAAAGAAUUGCAUUCCCUAUAUUCUAUAUAAAAAACCUGAGUCUUUCAGAUACUUCAUGAUACAGAUCUGUAUUUCUCUUGAAUUCCCACUUAAAAUGUCUUCUAUACCCACAUCAGUUUAUUGUAAACCUCUUCAUCAUGCCAGGACAGUUUGGUCAAUAAGAUGAUUAGUUAAUCAUUGAACCCAUUCAUAGCUCAUUCACCUCCUGGCACUCUCUUGCACAUUUGGGUGUGUGAUGGUUAGAAUUAACUACACAGUGGCUAAAAUGCCAAAAUCGGCUCAGCCUCUGUGUGUGUGGGAUUGCUAAACCAUCAUCGUGAACUGCUUAUCCCUAAUUUUAAGAUAAUGUCAUGUUCUAGAUUUCCUCAUGAAGGAAAAGCAAUUCCACAAUCUACUGUAAUAAUUGCUUGAACUAUUUUAAACACUCCAGUUACAAUGCAAUUUGAUAUGGAGCAGACUAUAAAGCUUCAAAAUCUUUUCCUCAUAGUUUAACCCUUUCAGCACUGACAUUAUUCAGGUCAAUCCGCACAGUAUUGUCUCUAGUGAUGAUUUACAUUCUAAAGCGCCAGGAAGAAUUGUUGGUUAGAUAUGGCAUCAGUCUCUGAUUUCUCCAGGAUCCAGUGGAUAAUUACUAGGUGUUGUGUUACUAACUCUGCCAUCAGGAGCAAAAGGUGUAUGGAUAAGGCUCCAACUUAUCACACAGUACAGCAAAAGUGAGCAUGAGAUACUUUAGGAAGUUCAGAAGAUUUCUGUAGCUGUCACUUUAUCUUUCUGUGAGAAACACACGAUGAAAAGCAGGAAAUAACAUUCCCAGAGCAUCUUUUAAAUAUCAAAGUAGUUUUCCUUUGAGAAACAGUUACUCCCCAGGAACAUCAGAUUACAGGGAGUUGGACAGUUUUUACAGUGAUUCCUCUCCCUAUCUUGUGGUGCCCUUGAUUAAACUCCUUAAUGAAGAGAGGCUGUGUGAGCAGUGCGGUGAUGAUUACAAUGAAGUCAUGCUGUGUGAUAUUGGUAACAGAUGCAUUAAUGCAUUGGUACAAAAUACCACUAUUUUAACAAAGGCAUUUUAAAUCAGUUAACACAUCUAUUAAGCAGUAGAAACGAGAAUUUCAUAUCAACUGGUUAACCCAUUGGUGAUGAAUAACACAACAUAAAUCCAGCGAUAAAAUACAUGCAUGGGUUUCCUUUAAAUAACUGGCCGUAGAAGGCAGAACAGAGCUAACUAUCCUUCAUAAGGAGAAACAGUAAAUGUAAGGAUUUCAAAGUGCACACUUUGGAUGAGUACAUACAGUAUUUGUUCUUAUUUCUAGCUUCCACGUAAUUGAUCAGAUUUUAAGAUUAUUAGGAUAUUUCAUCCCUUCAGUUUUCUGAAUCUUUUGUAAUAAAAGAUGAGCGUUGGAGGAAAUCCAACAUAAAGAUACAGGCUGUCUCAAGCAAGUGGGCGGAUGCAUGAAUAAAUCCCUUGGUUGACAUCUUGAGAAUCUGUUUGUCAGACUCAAAAUGGGAAAUACCUUUCGACAUGGAAUUCUCUAGGAUGGUUUUCAGGUGAAAUCAGAUGUUACUGUGAUGGGCCACAGUGUGUGGCAACAGGCUACAUGUGCAAGUCCCAGCUCUCUGCCUGCUUUACCAGACUACUGGACCCUCAGAAUACCAAUUCUCCCCUACUACAUGGCUGUACAGACACUUUCUCAAAUACAACAGAGAUCUGCCAUGCACAAAAUUAUAACCACCACAAAGGACACUGGUCACACUUGGAAUGUUGUUGGGAAGAUAUGUGUAAUUAUAAAGGGUUACAGGAAGUUUUGCUGCAUUCUGGGAGUAGCAUGUCAGAUCGAGGAGCCAAGAAGCAGCGGAACUCAGGGAACAUUAACCUGGCCUACCAGCAGAAAGCCAAUACCAAGGAGAUCUGGUUUAGGGCAGCAGUCAUAGCCGUGUGCAUUGCGGGCGCAUUCAUCCUGGUGCUGUUAGUGGUGCUCGCCCUCCGCAUGCUGCGCAAUGAGAAUGAGCGGCUGCAGCGGCAACAUGAGCAGAUGAUCUCACGGCUACACUACAGCUUCCAGGAGCCUCCCUCAGAAAAAACCCUGGUGGGCAACUUGGACUUUGAGCCCACAGCAGCAAUUGCCAGAGACCAUGAAAACUGCUGUAUGGUGCAUAAUCAGCAACAGCAUUUCGAUCCUUACACUGAGAAGCUUGGCUCCCUUUUUCCUUGGGAUGUAUACAGUGGGCACAAGAAGCCAACAAUGGUGUGAUUAUGGGCAUUCCUACUUACCAUUAAUUUCUGUGGUAAAUCCCAAUUAGCAAUGCUAGUUAAAAAUUGGCAUCUUAUUUUAAUUAAAGUGUAGUAAUAAUUAAUAAUGAAAUAACUGCCAACACUGUUUGUAGUUUAUGACUUGUUUUGGUGCCAAUUUCUGUUGCUUUUGGUACCCGGCACGGUAUUACUUGGCAGUGUUUAAUUUGUGUGAACCCUUGGUGGGGUGUAGAAUGCAAUGCUUUUCUUUGAUAUAGGCUCCAAUGAGACCCUGCUGAACUAAUAUUUCUAUACUGAGGGAUGUGCAUGUUGGGCUUAAUUACAGAUAAACACAUGCUGAAUGAUAAUUGUAUUGUAGCGUAAAAUCUAAUUACAAAUUUGAUAAUACACUACAAAUAGUGCUAUUUUGGUACUUUUAUCUGAUGCCAUUUGAUGUUUUCUGCCUGUGUGGUAACCUUCACCUCACUUCUGGAAUUUAAAUGUCAUGAAGCACUGAAGAACUAUGCCUCAUAGCAAUGAUGCUCUGGAGAACAGAACGGACUGAUGUGGCAAUGCCAUCAAAGGACGAUAUCAACCAACAGGAUGAAAUAUAAUUGUGAAAUUGCAUGUAGGCAUAGGAAGUGUCAGGAUAAAACAGGUGGAGGUCUGUCUAAAUAAUUUUAUAUCAUCCAACUGUUUGGAAAAUAAUGAUUAUAGAGCUGAUACAGAA